AGUCCAUCAGGAGAUCCAAGAGUUCCUGAAGUCAGAGAACAGAUCAGAGAAGAAACUCUCUGAGAUCCACUGCUCAGCUCUGGCCUACAUGCUGCAGAUGUCAGAGGAGGUUCUGGAUGAGUUGGACCUGAACAAGUACAACACAUCAGAGGAGGGACGACGGAGACUGAUUCCAGCUGUGAGGAACUGCAGAAAGGCUGUACUUACUGGCUGUGGACUCUCAGAGAGUCACUGUGAAGUCGUGGCCUCAGCUCUGAAGUCCAACCCCCAUCUGACACACCUGGACCUGAGUGACAACUACCUGAAAGAUUCAGCAGUGAAGCUUCUGUCUGCUGGACUGGAGAGUCCAAACUGUAGACUGCAGACUCUGAGAUUGAUGAGCUGCAGGUUGUCAAAGAUCAGCUGUGCUUCUCUGGCCUCAGCUCUGAAGUCCAACCCCUCCCAUCUGACAGAGCUGGACCUGAGUUGGAACGACCUGAAGGAUUCAGCAGUGAAGCCUCUGUCUGAUCUUGUGGAGAGUCCACACUGCAGACUGAAGACUCUGUGCUGGAAAAAAGAGUGGUGAGAAAGGUGUUUGUGUUGAGAGAAGAUCAGCUGAGUCCUGAUGAUCCAGAGAGGUUGAAGCAGCAGCAUCAGCUCUGACUGGGCCAUGUUACUGGGAGGUGGAGUGGAGAGGAGAGC